GGAAGUAAAAGCAGAAGUAGACGAGGAGGAGGAAGUAGUAGAAGAAGAAGGACAAUAACAGCAACAACACAGGAGGAAGGAUACACUUCAAAUUGUAGUUUCACGUCCUCUGCAGUCCUACUGAGGUCCAGAGCAGUUUUGCGGAUUGCAGCAGUCAGGUGAUGAGAGUCUAGCUGAACGUCAGCGGAAUAAUGGAGGACGACUGCAGGCCUCUGCUGAGCUCAGAGCAGACUGGAGAGAGCUACUCACACAGGGGCUCUGUAGAUUCUCUGGACGUCAAGGUUAAAAGACCUUUCCAUGUGGAGCCCAGAAAUAUUGUAGAUGAUGACCCACAGGAGAGAGUGUCUGCAGAGGCUGCCAUCCUCAACAGCAGAGUCCAUUACUAUGGCAGACUAACAGGCUCUUCUGACAGACUGUUGAGUCCUCCAGACCAUGUGAUUCCUCGGCCAGAGGAGAUCUACAUCUACAGUCCACUGGGGACAGCUUUUAAGGUUGCAGGCAGCGACCAUGCCUCUAAAAAUCCCAGCAUCGUUACAAUAUUUGCUAUAUGGAACACAAUGAUGGGCACGUCUAUACUUAGCAUACCUUGGGGCAUUAAGCAGGCUGGUUUCACUCUGGGGGUCGUCAUCCUCAUUUUCACAGGCCUGCUGAUGUUGUACUGUUGUUACAUCGUCCUCAAAUCACCAAAGGCAAUAUCCUGCGUGGACACAUCCAACUGGGAGUUCCCUGAUGUUUGUAGGCACUACUUUGGAAAGUUUGGUCAGUGGUCCAGCUUGGUUUUCUCAAUGGUGUCACUUAUUGGAGCCAUGGUGGUCUACUGGGUCCUCAUGUCCAACUUCCUCUACAACACUGGACAGUUUAUCUACAACUAUGCUCACAAUGUCAACGUGUCAGACUCAGAAUUUGGAACCAACGGCUCAGAUAAAGUCAUCUGUCCAUACCCAAACACUGACCCUGGAAGGAAUGAUACCAUGAACGUACUUUAUCUCGGCAGCAGUGGAAAUGAUACCUCUGAUGGCAACUCUUUUGAACACUAUUGGAGUAAAACCAACACCGUCCCUUUAUACCUCAUCACUCUGCUGCUUCCAUUGCUCUGCUUCCGCUCAGCUUCGUUCUUUGCAAGAUUCACCUUCUUGGGCACCAUAUCAGUGGUCUAUCUGAUUGUGCUGGUUACUUUUAAAGCUGUCCGCCUCGGUUUCCACCUAGAGUUCCACUGGUUUGACUCAACCCAGUUCUAUGUUCCAGAGUUCAGACUGCUCUUCCCUCAGCUGACUGGUGUCCUAACCCUGGCAUUCUUCAUUCACAACUGCAUUAUCACCCUAAUGAAGAGCAACAGGCACCAAGAGAACAAUGUGCGGGACCUGUCUGUGGCUUAUCUUCUAGUAGGAAUGACCUAUCUGUAUGUGGGAGUGUUGAUUUUUGCUUCCUUCCCCUCACCCCCUCUCUUCAAAGACUGCAUCGAACCAAACUUCUUGGAUAACUUCCCCACCUCUGAUGUGAUGGUGUUUGUGGCUCGGACCUUCCUGCUUUUCCAAAUGAUCACAGUCUACCCUCUGCUGGGAUAUCUGGUGCGGGUCCAGAUAAUGGGUCAGAUCUUUGGAAAUAAUUACCCCAGUUUCUUUCAUGUUCUGACGCUGAAUAUCUUAAUUGUUGGCGCUGGUGUCCUGAUGGCCAAGUUUUAUCCCAAUAUCGGAUCCAUUAUACGGUUUUCUGGAGCAACAUGUGGAUUGGCUUUAGUGUUUGUAUUUCCUACCUUAGUCCACAUGAUCUCCCUGAGACGCCAGGGGAGGCUCAGCUUGCCCUCAGCCCUCUUCCACAGUUUCCUGAUCCUGCUGGGUGUGGCAAACCUGAUUGCUCAGUUCUUCUUGUAAGAAGCGGUUCAAAGGGAAUAAUAGUACAAAAAAAAAAAAUCAGAUUGCAAACAUAAAGUGUUGAAUUCAUAUUUUGAAUCAUAUUUUGGGUACUUUAUCAAAUGACCAUGUAGCUCUAGCAGUGAUGUACCUACAGAGAAUACUGCAGCUCCUGCUUUACGGAGCUCUUUGCUGAGUUUUAGUUGUCUGUUUGGCUGUCUGGCUGAAACUUUACUGUUUUGUUUCACUCUUACCUGUCUCAUAGUGCUGUUUUGGCCACAGCUGUUACCAGAGAAAAAACUCUUAAAGCCAACUGCACAUUGCCUCCUCAUCACAAAAAGCAGCCUAACAACACAGACUAACAUACAGGCAUAGUGGAGCAUUUAGCAGCUAAAGGGGUAGAUUUUGGCCUCAGGAGUUGGUCGAGGCCAGAGACAGGCUCAAAGAGAAUAAUAUUGGACUUAUUACCAGUCCAAGUAAAUACCAAUGUUGUUCUAUGAUUUAUGGAUGUUGAAAUAAGCAGUUGUUCAUCAUUUUAGCUUGAGUGAGGGAUAUAAUGGUGUCCACAUCUUAUCUUUACUGCCCCCAAGUGGUAAUGAGCAUCUGUUAUUGCAGGUCUAAAUUUGUCACAUGAUUUGGUAGAAGCAGAUUUUCAUCAUCCUCAUUGCUGAGACCAGAUAAUGCAAUUGAUAACAAUAACGAUCAGUCAAUAACUUUAAUUACCUGUAGCUAUUUAUUUUUGAAAACAGAUGUCUUGUUGUUUGUGAAUAAACUUUUGACUUAAUCUUUUCAUUUUUAUGACUGGUGUUGAUUUACAUGUUGGACAUGUUUACAUGAUGCCUAUUUUCUAGAUACUGUGCCCACUGAGUUGUAUUUUACUAAUGAUAGAAUAGACAAAGGGAAUAUGUACGUGCAAUAAACUAUAUCAAUCUAUAAA